GCCCUUCAAAAAAUGGCUCCACCUCUCACACAAUCACAAUCUCAAGCAACCAAAACCAAACCAAAAACCUCAAUCCUACGUUAUAUUGCUAUGAUAAUUUUGUUUUUGAUAAUUCUUGUUGGCAUAGCGGUUCUCAUAAUUUGGCUAGUCCUAAAGCCAAAGCAUUUGCAAUAUAGUGUCGAAGAUGCUGCAAUCCAUAACUUCAACUUAACCGAUGCGGAUCAUCUCUAUGCAAACUUCGAUUUCACAAUAAGAUCAAACAAUCCGAAUUCGAAAGUUUCAAUAUACUAUGACUCUAUUGAGGUUUCGGUUCGAUAUGAGGAUCAAACCCUAGCAACAAAUGCGAUUCAACCGUUUUUUCAGCCACGUAAAAAUGUUACGAGGAUGCAUGUGAGACUAACCGCUCACACUGUUGCGUUGUUUGAUUCGGUGCCGAAGGAUCUCAAGCUUGAGAAAACUUCUGGGGAUAUUGCGUUGGAUGUGUUGAUUAGAGCAAAGAUAAGGUUUAAGGUUGGAGUGUGGAAAUCGAAACAUCGGGUUUUGAAGGUGUUUUGUUCUAAUAUGUUGGUGAAUUUUUCUAAAGCUAAGACUUUUGAAAGAGAGUCUUGUGACGUUGAAAUGUAAACAUGCAUGCAAAAUGGAGAAACACUCUAUGAAGACUUGAUAGUAAUUUCUAUUUUUCUGAAUAAUGAUGUUAUUAUUAUUAUUAUUAUUAUUUUUUGGUUUCUUGUGUUAGUUUUAUGAUGAUUUUUUAUAUGUAUUUUCUGAGUUUGAUUUUAGUGAUAUGAUUUUUCUGUCUGUCAGUAUAUUAUUGUAAUACUUCUUAUGGGUUCUGGGGUUUUUAUGUUGAAAAUUGAAAGAAAGUAAAAUUGUUAUUAUUCAUCCAAGUU